UAACUAUGAACACAAGGCGAAGUGCUCUGUCCUGGCCAGGCCUGUCUUACAGCCCUGCCUCUGUGUGCAGGUGCUUCACGCUGCCUGCGGGACCUACCCUGGUUCCCGGGACCUGCCCCGGUUCCCGGUUCCCUCCUGGGCCCGUGGUCCCCGUCCCAGGCCCUCACCCGGGGCGGGGGGCGGCUCCCGAGCCGCGGUCAUGUGACCCGUCCAAGAUGGCUGCCGGGGAACGCCGCGCCGCGCCCGCCGCGGGAAAGGAGGAAGACUUUGAGAUUAUCGACAAAAAACAGCUCCCUGACGCGGCCGAGCUGAGGAGCGAGGAGAAGGCCAAACCGGAGGAAGCGCGGUGGUCUGCUCCGAUCUUGUCUCUGGCCAGGAAAGCCUCGGAAAACUUGGCGCUGAGCUAUGGCAGCGCCCUGAAGUCCGCAUCCCUGGUGGGAUUGGUGUCCAAGCCCGGCAGCAGUGACAGCCCGGCAAAGACAAGUACACGGUGUCACACCAUGGAGGAGCGUGCCAACCUCAUGAACAUGAUGAAGCUCAGCAUCAAAAUCCUCAUCCAGUCAGCCCUGAGCCUGGGCCGGACCCUGGACUCUGACUUCCCACCACUGCAGCAGUUCUUCGUGGUGCUGGAGCACUGCCUCAAGCACGGGCUUAAAGUGAAGAAGAGUUUUAUUGGACAGAACAAAUCAUUUUUUGGUCCUUUGGAGCUAGUGGAAAAACUUUGUCCCGAAGCAUCAGAUAUAGCAACCAGUGUUAAAAAUCUGCCAGAGUUGAAGACUGCUGUGGGCAGAGGGAGGGCUUGGCUUUAUCUAGCACUCAUGCAAAAGAAACUGGCAGAUUAUCUCAAAGUACUGCUGGACCAUAAGCAUCUCUUAAGUGAAUUUUAUGAACCUGAUGCAUUGAUGAUGGAAGAGGAAGGAGCAGUUAUUGUGGGUCUGCUGGUUGGACUGAAUGUUAUUGAUGCAAACCUCUGCUUGAAAGGAGAAGACUUGGAUUCCCAGGUUGGAGUGAUUGAUUUUUCCUUGUACCUUAAGGAAACACAGGACAAUGAUGGCAAACAAGAUGGAGGGAUUACAGCUGUCCUUGACCAGAAGCAUUAUGUGGAAGAACUGAACAGACAUCUAAGUUGCACGGUUGCAGAUCUCCAGAACAAAAUAGACUGUUUAGAAAAGACCAAUUCAAAACUCCAGGAAGAGCUUGCAGCAGCUACUGACAGAAUUGGAUCCCUUCAGGAGGAGCAGCAGCAGCUAAAACAACAGAAUGAAUUAAUCCGUGAACGGAGUGAAAAAAGUGUAGAGGUAACAAAAGAGGACACAAAAGUAGAAUUGGAUACUUACAAGCAAUCUCGCCAAGGCCUUGAUGAAAUGUACAGUGAUGUUUGGAAACAGUUGAAAGAAGAAAAAAAAAUCAGGCUGGAACUAGAGAAGGAGUUGGAGCUACAAAUUGGAAUGAAAACAGAAAUGGAAAUUGCCAUGAAACUUCUGGAAAAAGAUACUCAUGAAAAGCAAGACACUUUAGUUGCCCUUCGCCAACAGUUAGAAGAAGUGAAGGCCAUUAACUUGCAGAUGUUUCACAAAUCCCAGAAUGCAGAGUGUUCAUUACAACAGAAAACAGAAGCAAUAUCCUCUUUUGAAGGAAAAACAAAUGAGAUGAUGUCCUCUAUGAAACAAAUGGAAAAGAGGCUGCAGCAGGCAGAGAAGGCCAGGCAGGCAGCAGAGGAACGGUGCAAUAAGAUGAAGCAGGAGCUGGCUGGGAAGCUCGACUCAUGUCGGCAGCAGAUGGCCCAGCUGGACAGCAAAUGCUCAACUCUGGAAAAGGAGUUAAAAUCCGAAAAGGAACAGAGACAAACUUUGCAAAAAGAACUGCACCAAGAGAAGGAUGCUACCACUCUGCUUAAAACAGAAUUGCAACAGAUGGAAGGACUGAAAAAGGAGCUGAGAAAACUGCAAGAUGAGAAGCAGCAGCUGAAGAAGGUCCGUGAGGAGCAGGAGCAAGCUCUUCAAGAAAUGGGACUUCAUCUCAGCCAAUCGAAGCUGAAGAUGGAAGACAUUAAAGAAGUAAAUAAAGCACUAAAGGGUCAUACGUGGCUGAAGGAUGAUGAAGCAACUCACUGCAAGCAGUGUAAAAAGGAAUUCUCCAUCUCAAGAAGGAAGCACCACUGCAGAAACUGCGGGGACAUCUUCUGCAACACUUGUUCCAGUAACGAACUUGCGCUGCCAUCCUACCCCAAACCCGUCCGUGUCUGUGAUAAUUGUCACACAUUGCUGCUCCAGCAGUGCUCCUCUAACUCCUCCUAAGGCUCUCCCACCCCUGACAGAGCCACUUUAACAUUGGAAAGUAGCCAUUAUUUUUUUAAUUCUGAAUUGCAGGUGUAUUCUGUGCAACAGACUGGACUGGCUGGUCUGAUAAUUUCCACUGUAAGGGCAGUGUAAAUUAAUUUGUAGGGAUUGUGCAAGCUAAUGCUUCUCCAACUGAAAUAAUUAAAGAGCUUAUAUCAACUGUAAUUUCCCCAAAAGUUCUAUUUGAAACUAAGAUUCAUUUUUCUGAUUUUUAUAGAUAUUUGUAUUAAAAUUUGUAUAUUGCAUUUCUACAUUUAUUUGAUCCCUGUAGCCAUCAUUGUCUCUCUGUACAUGAACUUAAUUUCUUUACCUUCACUGUAGGUGCUCCGUGUGUUCCCCUGGCUCAUGUACAGUUUUGUAUUUGCUCUAAGUCAGUCAGAGAGGAAAAGGUCAAUUUAUGAAUUGUCUAUAGAAAGCUUUAUAAGGAGUGUCAAUGAAUGUGCCUUCAGUUCACUGUGGAGUCAAAAACUGCACAUUAUACUCGUUCUGGAAGUCGCUGUGACCACAGUGUAGUAGUUACACAAUAAAGUCUUUUGCAAAAACUGAAAGCAA